AUGAUCAAAGGGGAGACGACGACACGUCUGCCCGAUGGGCGAUUCGAGCAGAAGGUGCAGGUCGAUCGGCGGAAGCUUGAGAUUAUGAUAACGGAUCAACCUGCCGGACACAAUUUGCCCGAAGCUGAGGAGUUCUUCAGCAAUGUCAUGUCUCAAACUCAUGCGCAAGUCUUUUGGCCGGCACAACUAAAAAUUGGCGCCAAAACCAAAAAAGACCCGUGA